UUUCAUCUGUGUCCAAUCGGCUGGUUCCGUUGGUAAGUACCCACCUCUAGGCUCGUCAUUCUACCAUACAUAGGGCGUGAACGAAGUGUCUUCUGUUGAGGCUCCCGCCACAUAUAGUCCCCUCUGAGUCUCUACCUUUUCAAUAGCGUUCAUUUUGUUCCCAAUCGUAAGCAAUGGCUACUGCGGCGACAAUCCGCCUCGCGACACUCGAAGAUGUUCCUACCAUUCUAGCUCUCAUCCACGAGCUCGCUGCCUAUGAAAACGAGACAUCUUCCGUGCUGGCGACGGAAGAGUCGCUCGCGCGGACCCUCUCAUUUGCCCCAUCCCGCACUCGCCGACAAUCGGGACCCUUGUCGUGUCCUCACCACAAACAUGACUGCAAGGAAUUCCAUGAAGAUAGUGCACCCCGUCUACCAACCCACGAAGGCUUCGCAAAGACGCUACUUCUUACAGCGCCCGAAGGCGAGGUCGCGGGCAUGGCGUUAUACUUCCACAACUACAGCACCUGGCGCGCCGCGCCGGGCAUCUACCUCGAGGACCUCUUUGUCAAACCGAAAUACAGAAAGAGGGGAUACGGCAAGGCGCUAAUACGGGAGCUGGCGCAGGAGGUGGUCAAGAUAAAUGGCGGGAGGUUGGAGUGGUCAUGUCUGAAUUGGAACAAACCGAGUCUGGAAUUCUACGAGGCGCUAGGAGCAAAGAGAAUGGUGGAAUGGGUAGGGCUGAGAGUGGAUGGGGACGCGUUGACGAAGCUUGCUCAGGGAGAGGAGCGGGAGGUGUAGAAAAAGUCCAAAUUAUUUCAAGAGUUGGUGUUAUGAAAGUAAUGAAGCUAAGGGUCCCUCGUACCACCGUGCAGUGUCUUUCCGUUGCAAGGUUGGCUGGGUUCAAGCUACCUACCUCCCCUCCUCUGGGUAUCCAUAUUCAAUGCUGGUCGGAACCCUUUCGACUUUUGAAACAAUGAUCCCGGAUCCAUUGGGAUAUGUCGUGCGGCACUUUCCCCGAUGGCCACCAUUCAUUGGUCAGCUGCACGCAAAUUCUAGACUAUUAAUCCCCUUACACUGCCAUACCCAAGCCACCAUUAUAUUCAUGACUGCUCACAAAAGCGCUCCAGUCUUCAGCCUCGCACACAGUG